AUGUCAACUGGCACUUUGUUUGUCCUCGACUCGCGUACCGGCUUCAAGUACGACAUUCCCAUCCGUCGGAAUGCAGUUCACGCCCUUGAUCUUCAGCGCAUCCGAGCGCCCGGCGGCACAGCUCAUCCAGCAGACCAAAUCUCGCGUGGUCUUCGUGUGUUUGACCCCGGGUUACAGAACACUGCUGUGCAGGAAUCUGCAAUCAGCUUUUCGGACCACGACCAGAAUUCUUUAAUCUUUUGGGGUUACACCCUGGAGCAGCUAUGGGAGGCUGAUUUUGAACACAUGUUUCAUCUUUUGAUGUGGGGGACAUAUUCUUCGGAAACCCAACGGGCAGAGCUGAGCCGGAAGCUGGCGCAACACAUGAAAGAUAUCCCAAACGCCGUCCAUGACGCUAUUCAUAUGUUCCCCAAGUCCACCCUGCCGUUGCCGUUGAUCCUCGCCGGUCUCUCUGCCUACCUGGCUUCUGUGCCCGAUGUGAUGCCCAUUUCAACACAUGCGACUAUCUACCAAGAGAACCUGGAGCAUGGCGAUCAAAUUAUUCUUCAAACAGUUGCCUGCUACGCCGUCGUUUUCGCCGUAGUCAGAUGUCAUCGCAAUGGCAUUCAAUACCAACCCCCUUCAGUUGACCGAACAUACUUCGAGAACCUCUUCAUUAUGGCCGGACUAACUGAUUCAACCACUCAGCAGCCCGAUAAAGUCAAGCUGUCAUGCUAUCGUCGAUUCUCUCUCCUCAAUGCAGACCACGGAAUGGCCCUCUCGGUUUUCUCUGCUCUCGCAACCGCCUCUUCUCUCACGGAUCCGAUAUCCUGCUUGAUCACAGCCAUCACAGCUGCUCAUGGUCCACUACAUUUCGGUGCCACCGAGUCCGCCCAGCGCGCACUGAAAGAAAUCGGGAAUCCAGACAACGUAUCCGCAUUUUUAAAUGAAGUGAAAGCAAGGAAACGAAAGCUUUUCGGAUACGGACAUCGGGAGUACAAGGGAAUUGACCCACGGGUCGCCCUUAUUCAAAAGAUCCUGAAAGACCUACCUGUGAAAACAAACCCGCUCUUUCAAAUCGCCGAGUCGAUCGAAGCAGCCGCCAGCAAGGACGAAUAUUUUGUUUCACGACAUCUCUACCCUAAUGCAGAUUUCUAUGGCAACUUUGUCUUCACGGCUAUCGGUAUCGAGUCAGAAAUGAUCCCCGCCGCUAUGCUGAGUCAUCGAAUCAUGGGGAUUAUGGCGCAUUGGAGAGAGUACAUGGCGGCACUUGCCUCUGCCUUCUCCCCUUUGUCCGCAAACAUAUACUUCCCAGCUCUGAACUCCAUCGCAAAGGAUUUGCAUGUCACCCCGUCUCAAAUCAAUCUAACCAUAACAACAUACAUGAUAUUUCAAGGUCUCGCACCAACAUUCACUGGCUCUCUAGCCGACCAAGUUGGUCGUCGACCCGCAUACAUCUACUGCUUCCUCGUCUACAUCGCAGGCAACAUCGCUCUAGCAAUUCAACAUUGGUAUCCCGCUCUACUCUUUUUACGCGCAGUCCAAAGCUGCGGCAGCAGCGGAACAGUGGCCCUUGCCUCCGCCGUCGCGGCCGAUAUAAUCACCCCUGCAGAGCGCGGUGCAUAUCUGGGUAUAGCCUCGCUGGGGAACAUUCUCGCCCCGUCGCUUGGUCCUGUCCUGGGGGGCUGUUGA